UUCCGGUAUCAUUGUGUCGUGGGUUCCACUUGGAAACCGCCGGCUACGAGGGUCGCUCUCUGCUCCUCGCCCCUCCCCCGUCGUGAUGGCUGCCACCACUUCGUCUUCGCCCCCCGCAACGCCAGCCUCAGCCCCAGACACAGCUCCAUCCAAGAACCAGUUAAUGAGCGGAUGCUUGAGCUGCCGUCUCUUAUCGGGAGUAGGGUUGCUGGGGGCUGGCGGUUACGUGUACUGGACGGCGCGGCGGCCUAUGAAGCUUGGCUAUUAUCCCGGCCCGGGGACUAUCCUCCAGAUGGUCAUCGGCAUAAGCAUUGCAUCUUGGGGGAUAGUCAUACUGGUGGACCCUGUAGGAAAAGCCUCUCCUGUAGGAUCAAAGAAGCAAUAAUGGUGAUAAUGAUGAAAAUGGUAACUUCUACAAAUCAGCUAUUCAUUCCCUAUGGACUAUCCAACCACCCCUAUGGACUACCCAGAUCUGGAGGAUAGAAGUAAGAGACCUUCAGAUGUUCCAGGACAAGAAUGAUCUAACUUUAAAGCUGUGGAUACCUGCAGGGAAAAUGGACAAAGUAUGGUUACACAUUUCUUUUUACCCAGACCUGCCCUCCCACAGUAGUGAAUAAAUUUCUCAGAGAAGAAAAUAGGAUGUAUGAGUCUUGUCUGGGGAAGAAAGGGGAUUUAAAGCCAUCGAACAUAUAGGGGCAGUAAAAAAAAACACAAGAUAAGAAAAUGACCCUUACUCUCUUUUUGGUCAAGCUAUUUUAAUAAUCCUAUGUUGAACAUUUAAGAGUCAUAACACAUUGUUAUGUAGAUUCAGCCCUUUUCCAACUAUGCUAAUCCUAUCCAUAUUAUGUACCUGACACUGUUGGAGUCUAUGGGAAAUUUUGAAGGACUAACAAAUUCCUUACGUUUAUUUAGUUACUCUUUAGUUACUUAGUUACUUCAAUAUAUAUGAGCUCCUCACAACAAAAUCAUGAGGCUGCUAAUUCAGGUACUAACCUCAUUUUAGAAAAGAAACUAAGGCUUUUCAGAGAGGUCAACUAAAGGGUACUACUCUGGUCUAGAUUUUAGUUCUAAUAAUGCCACCAUCAGACUGGCCUUGGAUGAGUCAUUUUCUAAGGAUUUUGUUCUGUUUCCUUGCUUGCAAAAUGAAGAAAUUGAAAUAUAUAUCUCUUGAUCCCUUCUAGUACUUAUAUUCUGUCUGAUUUAUUCAGAUUUAUGCACCAAAUAUGGCAGGGCCUUUUGACUUAGGCCAGUGAUAACAUACUAGUUUGCUGUCAAGAAGUUUACUGGUCGGCUUGCCAAAGUUUACCAAGAUGAAUGAUCUUUUCAUUCUGCCUCUAACAGGAAACACUAGAAAUGUCCUGAUUUGGAAAAAUGAGAUGAAUUUCAAGGGAAAUAACAUGGGGAGUAUUGUUCCACUGGCUCAGGAGUUAGGACCUGGGUUCAAAUCAAAUACUACUCUGAUAUAAAUGACCAUGAAAAGUAAAAGAAUGAGCUCUAGACUUGGUCUUAAGUCUUGAUUCUACUAGUUAGUAUGUGACCUUAAACAAGCAACUCAACUUUUCUUAUUUUUUCUUAUGUUAUUAUGCAAAUUGGAGUUAAUAAUACUCAUAUCUUACUUGGGAUUAAGUAAGAUAAUGAUUAUAAAAUGUUUGUAACCACAGAGUGCUAUGUAAUUGUG